CGCCGAGGCCGCGCGGACGAGCAGCGGCGGCAGCGGGAGGAGGAGGAGGAGGAGGAGGAGGAAGAGGAGGAGGACGAGGAGCAGCAGCAGCAGCAGCAGCAGCGGCGGGAGCAAGAGGAGCCUCAGGAGCCCCAGGCGACGCGGCCUCCGGCCUGACCCCAGGCCCGCCAUCGGGAAGCCCACCUGCAACGGCGCCUCCCGAAACCCCGGGCCUCGCCGCCACAAAGAGCAGCAGAGGGGGGGAAGGACCGGCCCGGCCCCCGCCCGCACGCCCGAACUGCUAUUAUGGCCACUCAGGUGCUGGGCCAGUCCGGAGGCAGCGGGCUCUUCCCCGGAAAUGCCAACAUGGGCAUGGCACUGCCCAGCGAUACGUAUGACUUGCACGACCUCUCCAAAGCUGAGCUGGCCGCCCCCCAGCUGAUCAUGCUGGCCAACGUGGCCCUGACCGGGGACCUCAAUGGCGGCUGCUGCGACUACCUGGUCGGGGAGGAGAGGCAGAUGGCGGAGCUGACCACGGUGGGAGACAGCAAUUUCUCAGACAGCGACGACGGGGAGGGCUUGGAAGGGACUCCCACAGGGGAGAACGAGCCCGGCGAGCCGGAGAGCAUGGAGCUGGGGGCCCUGGAGAUGCACCCGGUGGAGCCGCAGGCCGCCCCCGAGGCCCCCGCCGUGCCCGAGAGCCGCGGCCCGGAGAAGGACCUCCCGGCGCCAGCCCCCGACGCGCCCGAGAGCACAGAGGACAAGGCCAAGAGCUCGAAGAGCAAGCCGUUCCGCUGCAGGCCGUGCCAGUACGAGGCGGAGUCCGAAGAAGAGUUCGUGCACCACAUCAGGGUCCACAGCGCCAAGAAGUUCAUCGUGGAAGAAAAUGCCGAGAAACAAGCCCAGGCCAAGGAGGCGGAUCCCUCGGUGGGCGAGGAGGCGGAUUUCUCCAAAGGCCCCAUCCGCUGCGAGCGCUGCGGCUACAACACCAACCGAUACGACCAUUACCUGGCCCACUUGAAACACCACAACAAAGCGGGAGAGAACGAGCGUGUCUACAAGUGCAGCAUAUGCACCUACACGACGGUCAGCGAGUAUCACUGGAAGAAACACCUUAGAAACCAUUUCCCCAGGAAGGUGUACACCUGUUCGCAGUGCUCCUACUUUUCCGACCGGAAGAACAAUUACAUUCAGCAUAUUCGGACACAUACAGGAGAACGUCCCUAUCAAUGUGGCCUGUGUCCGUAUUCAAGCUCUCAGAAGACCCAUCUCACUAGGCAUAUGCGCACUCAUUCAGGCGAGAAGCCGUUCAAGUGCGACCAGUGCAUUUACGUGGCCUCCAAUCAGCAUGAAGUGACGCGCCACGCCAGGCAGGUGCACAACGGGCCCAAGCCGCUCACGUGCCCGCACUGCGACUACAAGACGGCUGACCGGAGCAACUUCAAAAAGCACGUGGAGCUGCACGUCAACCCCCGGCAGUUCCUCUGCCCUGUCUGCGACUAUGCCGCCUCCAAGAAGUGCAACCUACAGUACCACAUCAAGUCCCGCCACCCGGGCUGCUCCAGCAUCACCAUGGACGUCUCCAAGGUGAAACUGCGCACCAAGAAGAGCGAGGCCGAACCUCCUGACGCCGGUGGUGCCGGCCAGAAGGCCGAUAGGGAGCAGGCCCGGGAGCCCGCCCGAGCCAAGCCGGACACCGCGGCUGAGAAGAGAGGCGACAAGGCCGCGAAGGGGGAGCGAAAGGAGAGCGCGUCCAGGGACAGGAAGCCGGGUGCGGGGGCCACCGGCGCCGGGCAGGUGACCACCCGGAGCCGGAAGUCGACGGUGGAGGGCAAGGAGGCGGACAGGGCCAAGACUGACAGACAUGCCGAAAAACCCGCCAAAACCAAGAAGACCAAAAGGAAGGCGGAAGGGGCGGCCGCCUCCGGGAGAGAAGAGGCACUGGGUGAGGCGGAACCCGUGGCCAAGAAGAAGAAGAAAGGGGAAAGCCGGCCCCCCGACAGCCCGGAAGCCUCGUCGGGAGAAGUCCAAGGGGAGGAGCAGCCGAAGAAAGCGAAUGCCGGCCCAAAGAAAAGCAAAAAGAAGAAAGCUCUGAAGAACAAGGGGAGCAGAAAGGGCGGGAAGCCCACUGUGGGGAAGUGCCCCGAGGAGCCACCCCCCGAGAAGCCCGCCCCUGCCAGAGAGGACCGGAAGGGGAAGUCCGGGAGCAGGGGUCAGGCCCCGCCGAAGGAGCCGACGCCCACCGAGACUUCCCCCGGCCCGGGGGUGAAGGAUGGCGUGGCCCCCGGGGACCUCCACCCCCUGUCCCCGGCCCCAGGAGAGGGAGGGGCCGAGGACGAAGACCAAGAGGAGCAAGUGCCCGCCGAGCUGGGUGGGGAUGAAGGUCAAGAUGCACCCCCCGAGAAAGCCUCGGGAAAAGAGCCCGGCGACGAGAGCCUCAUUCAGAGUCCUGCUCCUGGUUCCCAGGAGUGUCCCGAGGCGCCUCCCGCAGAGCCGGACCUCAGUGCAACCUGCGGGGCAGACGAGGAGGCGCCACCGCCGCCACAGACACCGCCACCGCAGCCGCCACCGCAGCCGCCUGCCUCCCAGCGCCGGCCGGACCCCGGGCAGCCUUGGGACACGGAGGCGGAGACGGAGGCCCUCCCGGAGCAGGCCCAGGACGCGGCCAGCCGAGGCGGGGCGAGCGACCGGCCGCUCCCCCCGACGCCGGAGAGCUGCCAGCCGGCGCCCGGGGCGGCGGAGGACCUGCCAUCCCCGGGGCGGACGGCGGAGGCCGAGCCUCAGGAGGUGGACGAGGACGAAGGCAUCCACAGUCACGACGGAAGCGACCUGAGCGACAACAUGUCGGAGGGCAGCGAUGACUCGGGGUUGAAUGGGGCUCGGUCGGUCCAGGAAGAGGCGGGGACGAAAGCCGGGCCGGAGGAACCGCCCGCCAAGGGGGCCGAGGAGAACUUUGUCUGCAUCUUCUGUGACCGCUCUUUCCGGAAGGAACGUGAGUACAGCAAGCACCUCCACCGCCACUUGGUGAAUGUGUACUACCUGGAGAAGGCCACGGAGGGACAGGAGUGAUCUCCCCGCCUCCCUUGGGGUUCACGCGUCCACGUUUUUGUAUUCUCUCCGACCGCUCCUUGUUGCAAAGUUGUUGGCUUUCAUUCGUGUCUGAGUAUUUCAGGUGAGGGUCUUUUUCUCACCCUCCUCCCCACCACCCCCUUCGCGUCUCGUAAAUCUCUUGCGUAAACGACUGCGUCUGAGCGACUGAGUUUCCUGUUUUCUAGGAAACAGGCGUAAGGUCCCACUUAGCUAUUAGCUGGGGCCUGCGCUAUUGUUCGAAAUGAAGUUUAGGAACCUAGGAAUUUACCCCAACAAGAAACACUGCGAAGCCCACACGAUUGCCGGCCAUAGGCGGUGGCUUUAUUUUUUAUUUGUGUGUCGAUUUCCAGCCUCUCAAUUUUACCUGUCCAUUCCUCAUUUUUUGGUCUGCUUUACAUAGCGGUAGGCCUCGUAUCAAGCGGCUCAGAGUGGUUUACCUAGAAGAAAUAUGUCUAUUUCAGAAAAUGAGCACUUUGUCAAAGAAAAGAAACUUGGUUAAAGAGAUAGGCUUAAUUCUUUAAAAAUCAGAAUUUUUCAAAAAUAGUUUUCACGUUCCUUUAGUAAUGAGGUUGGUCCACAAACUUCGUGUUUUUUCUGAAUUAAAAGUAUUAAUUAUACUCUAAUCUUCAUAAAUAUGACAGCGAUAUUUGUCAGGUGAAGGGGGAGGGUGAGUUACUUUGUAUUCUGGUGGUGCUUCAAGGGCUCAAAAUAUUGCACAGUGUUUAUUGUUGUUUUUUUUUUUACCUAUGCAUUUUAAUCUUUUAGAAAUAGCAUUUGUGCUGUACAGGAACACUUUAUAUAUAUAUAUAUAUAUAUAUGCAUGUUUAUUUGGGUUUGUUAUAUUUUCCCCUUUACUUGGAAACUUUCAGGUUUGUUGCUUAUAUCACAGGGCAGUUUUUUUCUGUUCUUUUUGCUGCAGUCCAGGGUCUCUUUAGGAGGGGAUUAUUAGGAGUGUGUGUUUCUUGAAGCGAAGAAUGAUUGUGUGCCUGUGGGUAUUUGCUGUCAGUAGCUGCUAGGUGUAGUGGAGGGCGGAUGAACCAAAGGCAGGGCCCAGCCCCCGGGUUGGGACUUUCCAUCCUUGGGCCCUGGGAGAGAUCAUUAGUAUAUUGGGGUUCUCGACAUGGACCCUUCAGUCGGCAGGCCGUUGGAAGUCUGGUGGGGUGAGCUCUUUGGUGCGAGGUGGGGGAACUUCUCUCGGAAGGACAGGCUCUGGAAGGUUGUUCCUUCCUCCCCCUGAUUUGUGAUAGCCGAAUCAAGCACUGUAGGUUGCCUUGCCUCCUGUAACCACCACCCUUUGGGGUUGAGACACCUUUCCUGGUGGCUGCUGAGCUCCAGAGGCUCAGGGCUUACCUUUGGAGGCAUCGUUUUGAGGCUCUUUGACCACCUCCCCCUCGGCAAAAAGAAGUUGGGGCAGUUGUGCUCGGUCUGCAUUGGCAACAGGCAGCCAGUCCGCCGGGACCUUCGGUCCCCGCCACCACCACCUCAGUAUUGGCUGAGGCCCUCUUCUCUUCUUCGGGGCCUGACGCCAGAGAGAGUCCUGCUGAUCCGAGUCCCCCGCCAUUCCCAGUCCCAGGCAGGAGAGAUCACAGGGUGACUGGAAAGAGCAGCAGGGAGAUUUGUUUCUGCUGGCAAGUUUUCUAAGAGGUGGUUGGGGUUCAAGGGUGGGGAGAUCUGACACCGGGAGGCCAAAGACUUAAGGAAGCAGGACAAUUUCUCCAGAUAGGAAGUCACUCUUUGCCGUGGGACAUGUUUUGGGUGCAUGAAUGCAUGAAUGGAUGUGAUUAAAUAGCAGUGAAUUCUUGUCUAGGCUCUGACAAUCAUUGUCAAUGGAAGAUUGAGUUGCAACUCUAUUUAUGUUUAAACCUUUGAAGAAAUAAAGAAAACUAGUUACGUGUCUAGUUAAAAGCUAGCGGUGACCCUCGUGGGUGCAGUGUGAUGAGUAGUAAUGGGCCACCUUUUAAUAGUUGCCGCCUUUCUUAAGCAGUUUGAACUGACUAGAAAUUUCAGGGCCGGGAAGAAGUUUGUGGGCCUUUGUAUAUAAAAACAACAACAACAACAAAAAAAAUCAAAAAUGACUGUCUCAAUCGAGAGCUUUGAGAAGUCGAGCAAUGUUCUUGUUUCAUUCAGAGACCAGCCUGGUCGGAAAGAUUGAAAGGGAAAACACCGCAGCAGAAACCGCUCCACCAAACGGUCCAUUCAGUUGGUCUAAUGUCCUGUUUCUGCAAGGUUAUAUGAUGUAUACUACUGGGAAAUGGGCUGGCCCUGAAGCCAUUUCCUCCGGACAUAAGGGUUCUGACAGUGAGGCCUAUAUUAGGCCCUGUCCAGCAGUGCUACAUGUUUCUACUUAUUGAUUUAAAAAAAAAAUUGUAUCAAUGAAAAGUGUAUCAGUAAUGUGAACUUUUGGGCCUGUUGGGGGUUCUGUUUCAUUUGGAAUAUGUAAUAUUUGCAUGAGAAAUGUUUAUGAAUUCUCAUUUUUCUGGGUGUUUUAUUUUUUGGGUAAAACUGGUUAGGGUUUGGGCAGUACGUUUAGGUAAACCAACAAAAGACAGACAUGUCAUUGGAGAGUGUGUGGUUAGAUCGAUGCUUAGGUAUUGAUAAGGAACUUCUGAAAUACUGUGUAGUGUGUAAACCUUAUUAACCUACGGUUUUGGUUUCCUGGAAUCUCUCUCCCUCUCUCUCUUUCUCUCUGUCUCUGUUUCUCUCUCUCUCCCCAUUUCUCUCCUCAUGAUCCCUGAAAGGUAUGUGCCGAAUUUGGUUUCUUUCUGGGAUUCUUUAAAAUUACCGUCUCGACUUCUUGUUAUUGCCGUUGCCGAUCCUAGCGGCUUCUCUCCAGGAGCUGGUAUCUGGUAAAGCCCCCUGGCUGUGGGUCGACAAGCUGCUGCGGGCAUCCGCCCUGCACCACUUCCGGUGCCAGUCUUCUCCCGUGGAGCUGCCCGGCUCUGGGCUAAACGAGCCACCGGAAGUGGGCGCGGGGCUCGGCCCCUCCGCUUGUGAGCGUCGGACUAACUGGAGAGGUGGGGCCGGGUCGGCCCGGGCCGGGGCUCCAUUCUCCUCUUGAAGACAAAUACAGAGCCAAACCGAACCUCUCCCUGGUGGGGUCGGGGAGCCACGGGCUGGCCGCGGGGCAACGGGUCGACUUUCGAUGGCAACCUCCCCGGCGUCACGGGUGCAGGGUGCCAUAGAGUCGACCUGAGGUAUUGAUCGGGUCCAGAUCCAGAUGGCCACCAUCUCCCGUAUGUAUGUAGGCUCGUCUUUCUAGGACUCCGCUAGCCGGGAGACGUUCGUGUAAGCUGGCACUGAAACAUUUUCGUGAUGUUUUGUUGCACCAUGUUUGAAGCUUUCCCAGUGCAAUACGUGUGUUGUUUUUCUGAAUUAAACCAAAGGUAAAUUUCUCAUGGUUCUUGCUGGAGGACCUUUUAUAUUCAUUUGUAGUAGGUGGAAAACCAACCAGCUGGCAGAUUCAGUUUGUGUUUUUGUUUUUUUACCUAAACCAUGUAUACGUCUUAUUUGGUUCCAAAUUGUAGUGUAAAGUUGAACUAAAUUGCAUCAUAUUAACCCUGAGUGUAUUUCCCUAAGCAUAGUUACGACAAAAUAAACUUUGUUAAAAAGUG